AUGGCCGGCUGCUGUGCUGUCGAGUACAGCAACAGCACUAAAAAAGGGUUCCGACUUUUCAAACUGCCAAGAGACAAAGCACGGCGGAAAAUAUGGCUGGCAAAAAUGAAGAGGAACAAGUGGAAACCCUCUGAACGAACGGCACUGUGUGAGGAAACACAAACUGAAGACACAGGCACUUAUACCAAAAGCUUUUCAGUGUUUACUUGUUUCAUUCGGGGACCAGAGGCAUCGACUCAAGUGACGCACUGCGAGACCAGCGACUGUGGCGUGCAGCAUAAGCCAGACGUUGCCAGCAGGCAUAGUGGUCCUGACCAUAGGACAAACUUCUUUGCAGGCUAUGACACCAUUGCAAAGUCUGCCACUGCUCUUGAAGAUCUAUGCAGUGUGAGCCAAGUGGUCUUUGCUUUGCUUUUAAGCCUACUUCCUAUUUCUUCCGAACGCAAGUGUGAUGUUUCUAUGGAGAACAGGCUACUUCUCUUCCUGAUGAAACUGAAACUUGGAAUUAGCUAUUCAUCUCUCGCCAUUCUUUUCUCUAUAAAUGAAACUUCCGCAUCGCGGCACUUCAAAUGUGUGCUGAAGACCCUUGCCGUGGCAACGAAAAAAUGGAUUUUUCGUCCCCCAGCUAGAGUUAUUCGGGCUACGAUGCCAGACAGCUUUAAGCUGCACUAUCCAGGCUGCACCAUGAUUAUUGACUGUACAGAGAUUCGCACUGAGCAGCCACCAACUGUGCAGCAACAACGAACGCUUUACUCCAACUACAAAGGGGGAUAUACAUUGAAAUGUUUAGUUGCUAUAACACCAGGCGGCAUAAUUUGUUUUCACUCCGAGGCUUUUGGAGGUAGGCUAUCUGAUGCGCAUGUCACUGUCAAUUCUGUUUUUUUAAAUCUGGUUCAGCCUGGAGAUGUGAUUCUUGCAGAUAAAGGAUUCCCUGGAAUCCGAACAGUUUUAGAAAAUGGAAACGCUGUGCUUGUUAUGCCACCAUUUCUUCAUGGACCCCAAUUUUACGGAGAAGAGGUUAGAGACACGUACAAUGUUGCCCAAGUGCGAAUACACGUGGAAAGAAUGAUUCAGAGAAUCAAAGUGUAUAUCUUAAACAACCGCAUUCCGAUUGAGCUGAUUCAAGGCAUGACAAAUGGCUUCCACAUGUGCUGUAUUCUUGCAAAUCUUCAGCCACCAAUUAUUAGGCGUUAG